AGCAGAGACACGGAGAGAGUCGAUGUACAGCAAAAGGGCCGCAGUGUGAGUUUUUUAUGCAAUCUUAGUGCAAUAAUGUGCAACAGACAGCGGUGGCAUUGCGCCCGCGUUUCUGCACACUAACGCUGCGCUUCCGACCGGGAAGGAUUGUGUUUACGCAUCGCCCCUCUUUUAUUUCUUCCUCUUGACUUUAAGGCGAGAGGGGGGGGGGGGGGUUUGUUGAGGGAAAAAGUACCAGGGAGUGAGGUCAGCAGCAUAGCAUGAGUCAACCUUGGGGAUGUAUGCAGUCAUCAUCAUCAUCAUCAUCAUCGCAGGGCUGUAUUGUGCGGGCCUGCUGCCGCUGCUGGCCGCACAGAGCUGCCAGUGUGCGAUCCUGCGGGCUAGUAGCAGCUUUCAUGACAAACACAGGUGUUGCCCGUGAAUGAGAAGAACACACAGACUUCUUCAGAUCUGCACACCCCAGGCCGGCGACCUCUGACAGGGUCACAAAGCAGUCCAGAGGGCCAAGAAGAUUAUCCUGGUUGACCUUUCUACUGCUCACUCAGAUGUCAAAGUAGUUUGAACACUUUAUUUCACUGGCUUUUGGAUUUAUUAAACAAGUGAUCCGGUGGAACAUUAUUAGCUGGUUUGUUGGGAAUAUUUAUCUGAUUUCUUCAUGCCCGUCAUGAGUGUACCCACCCAGCAGAAACCCAGCGCCAAGAGAACGGGCAAACGCAUCACGUUUUUCCACGAUCAGAGCAUAGCAAUGAAGGAAACAUCUCAGCACCCUGAAGGUUCCUACUAUGUCCCAGGUGGCCCUGCCUCAGACCCCGGGCAGAGCGAGGCUGCAAGUACUGUGACUUCCAAUCCAGAGGCCCCUCACAUGUACCUGAACUCUGUCAUCUUCAGCCCAGACAAAGGGGACCAGAGCAGGGGUCAUUAUCAACAGACUGUGCCUAUGAAGUGGGCCCACCAGGAGCCCGCUCAGCUGCAGCCGUCUCUUUCCCAGCAGCAGAGAGCCGCCUCCUGGAAUACCAUGACAAACUGGGGACAAAACUUUGCAAAUUACAUAGGGGGUGUUAACGUAACAGACUCAAGGACCCAAAAUGCAUUUGCAAAAUCAAUGCAUGAGCCUUCUGGCUUACAGCCACACCAACAGCCCCCUAACAGAGCUGCAGAAAAGCAGCCUCCGGGUCCUAACCCUGCGGUUGAAGCAUACAGGGAUGCUGUUAAGGCUCAGGGGCUGGAUUGGGAGCAACAGCAGUCCCAGGCAUUUCAGGAGACGUUGAAACCCGGGGCGCUGAACACCCAGCAGCACAGCACCUCUCACCCAGGAGGAAGCUCAGUCUUGCAGCCCUUUCAGUUGGCCUUUGGUCAGCCCAAGCAGCACCUGCCGGCAUACUACCAGGCCUUUCAGGGCAACAGGACAACCCUACCUAACCCACCCAACUACCCAACACAAGCGAAACCCCCUCACCAGAUGCAGCAGCUGCAGAAGCAAGAGCAAAUACGCCAGCAACAACAGCAUCACAUACUCCAGCAGCAAAUUCAGCAGCAGCAGCACCAUCAACAGAUGCAGCAGCAACAAAUAAUUCACCAACAGCACAUACAGCAGCAGCAGCAGCAGCUUCAGCAGCAACAGCAGCAACAACUGCAGCACGAGCAGCAGCAACAAAAGAUACAACAGCAGCAGCAGCUCCAAAUUCAGCAGCAACUGCAACAUCAGCAGUUGCAACAACAAAACCCUCAUGUGCUUGACUAUUACCCCGCUGCACAAAAUGCACACCCGCAUCCACAGCCUGUGGUGGUACACUCCCAGGAGUCCUCGGCUCCAGAUCCCCCAAAGAUCCAGGAGCCAAUUAUCCAGGACAUCACCCCAGAACCCUUGCAGCCUUCUGAUCUGCUUCCGCCCAUUCUACAGCCUGAGCCCCAGUCUCAAUCGCAACCCCAGAACCAAUCCCAAACGCAUCUUCGUAGAUCGCGACGGCUCUCCAAGGAAGGCGGGGCGCCGUCCGACAACCCUUUUCUCUCCGUUUCUUCGGAUCAGGCUGUUCCUGGAGGGCCGCAAGGCUCCCUGAACGGGGCCUGUGAUAUCCAGGCAGCACCGACGGGCGUCAUCCAGAGCACACGGAGGAAACGCAGGGUGUCCCAGGAGGUCAACCUGGAGACCCUUGCUCAAAAGGCCUCGGAAAUGGAGUCUCUACCGCCCCAUGUUGUAAAGGAAACCCACCGGCCGUGGAGUCCCACUCAAACUGGGGGCAUGAACGCCAAGCGGCAUCGAGACGACAGCCUCCUGCCCCUCGUCAUCCCCGUGUCUGUUCCCGUGCGAAGACAGGAGCCCUCCUCUCCGGACAGAGAUGAUUCAGCCCUGGCCUCCACCUGGCCCCCCAGACCUUUAAACCCCCAGGACUUUGGCCGCUCCGACCACAAGCCCUCGGUCAUUGUCACCCGGAGGCGCUCACUCAGGAACUCGUUGUCAGAGAGCUCAGAGCAGAAUGGCAAAAGUGAAGGAGAGAGGGAGGAGGAUGGCAAAAAGUCAAAACGGCGUCCCCGGCCCGAGCCUCUUUUCAUCCCGCCGCCUAAACCUGGAUUAUUCAUCGCCCCUCCCGCGUACUCCAGCAUCACACCCUACCAGAGCCACCUCCGCUCCCCUGUCCGCCUCGCCGAAAACCCCUUCUCCAUCCCCCCCUACACGCCUCCGCCCAUCCUCAGCCCUGUCCGCGAGGGCUCCGGCCUUUACUUCUCCACCUUCCUGUCGUCGGCUGCAGCCAGCGUCCAGGGCCUGCCGCCUCCCAUAACUCCCAAGUCUGCAACACGCAGCCUGUUGCGCUCCAACAGCUGUGACAUCACACCACCAGUCCUGUCUGCUAUCGGAGAGGCCACACCAGUCAGCAUAGAGCCACGGAUAAAUAUUGGGUCGCGGUAUCAGGCCGAGGUGCCGGAGCUGAGGCAGCGGUCAGCGGUGGAGCUGGAUCACCAUCGAGCCGAUCUGGUCUGGACUCCGCUGACUGAGCUGGAGGAAAAGCCUGACUUCCAGCAGAGAGUGCAAGACCUCAUGCACCUGGCCUGCUCCAGUGUUUUGUGUGGAGGAGGCACCAACCAGGAGUUAGCCCACCAUUGUCUGUACGAGUGCAAAGGGGACAUAAUGGCCGCUCUGUCCCUGUUGAUGCUGAGGAAUCCAGUUUUCCCCAAGUCUCAUUAUCUGGCCCGCUACCACUACUCAGGAUCAGACAGCUGGACUGCCGCUGAGCGACGCCAGUUCAACAAAGGCAUCGCUGCAUACAAGAAGGACUUCUUCAUGGUGCAGAAACAGGUGAUCACUAAGUCAGUGGCGCAGUGUGUGGAGUUUUACUACACCUACAAGAAGCACGUGAAGAUCGGCCGCAGCGGGAUGUUGAUCUACGGAGAGCUGGAGCCUCUGGAGAGCAAGACCACUGAGGAGGAGACGGACCACAAGGGCUCUCAAAGGUUGGAGCCACAGAGGGAGGAGGACAGCAGGAAGUGGGAAGGCUCAGCUGACAGGAAACAGGAUGUCGGCCCCAUCAGGGCGCCACAGACGCUGCCGCCUGCUGAGAAUCCUGGCACCGUUCUCAUCAUGAACGUCCCAGAGGACGUGGGGAGGGAGCAGCCGCUGUCCCGGGUCAUCCACCCCGCUCAGCCGCCCCCUCCCGGCUCCAAAACCCGCUACGACACCAACGCACGAAAAACCAGCCCCCCAGCAGGCAACAAAGCCUCAGCUGCCCCGGAGGGAGAGUUCCCCUGCAAGAAAUGUGGCAGGGUUUUCUACAAGGUGAAGAGCCGCAGCGCCCACAUGAAGAGCCAUGCCGAGCAGGAGAAGAAGGCGGCAGCACUGCGACAGAAAGAGGCAGAGGAGCGAGCGGCGUCCGAGGCUGCCGCAGCGUUCGCCGCUCGGCAUAACGGGACGCGGCAGGGGGGCGGGGACAGCACCAACGACGACUCGUCGGGCAGGGAGGACGAGGACGAUAAGGACUGGCAGUAAGAGAAAGGACACAUGCACUGACUGCAGCGUGGCUUUACUCUCUGGGACGGGAGGAGAAUUUCAAAAGGAGAACCCUCUCCUGUGUGUCCGUCGUGGAACAAGAAGACUUCCGUUGCUUGGCACAUUCAGGGACAGAUUUACUCCCAUGUAUGUGAGUGAGUGAGUGUGUUUGUGUGACAGUGAGUGUGUAUGAGCUUUCCAAAAUGCCCCCCCCCCCCCCCUUUACUCUGCUUGAAAAGCUUUUCAAGAGUUACCUCUCUUGGUCACAGGGCUCGGUCAAAUCAAAGCCAUGCCGCCUCUCUCGGCUCUCCUGCUCCUCGCCAGGCUGCGGCCUUUCCUCAGCACUUCGAGUCUCGUUCGACGGACGGGGAACUCUGUUUGUUUUUUUUCUCUCGAUGAGCCGCAGUACGCGCUUGUUUAGGCUGCAUCCGUUCUGGAUGAAGUUUUUUGUGUUAUGAACACUGAAACCUGACAGCUGGGGGAAAGAACGGCGGGCGGUGCUGUUGGACAGACGGACGGACGGCAUGUGCAAACUGUUGCCUUUUGUUUGGCUGCUCCUCUGCACUCGAGGCUGCCAAAGCUUUCUCAGACGCAUGAUGUGCACCAAAUGUGUCUCUGUGAGCGUUGUUCCUUUGGGCUUCAGUUCUUUGUACCCCCCCUCAGCCCACGUCACUUUUUAUAGUUCCCAGUGUGUUCCUCACUGUUAAUGCCUUGGAUGUUUUGAUGCUUUUUACCCUGAAAUGACAAUCAAUUUUACACUGUUGUUUUUUUUUAUUUUAUAAAUAUCUAUACAGAUAAACGUUACUUUUUCUGCCUGUGUCGCUAUAUAUGGUUAUUGUUGUUGUUCCUGUGAAUAUUCUUGUUGAUUAUUAAUAUUAUUAUAUCAUCCUGGUUUUGGCUGCAAUUUAAUUGAGCGCUUUUCCGUACUCGUCUAUACAUUUUUUAAAAUUUUAUUUAAAACAUAAAACACACAAAAAUAAUGCUAUUCUGCUGCCUGUUUAUAACUGUGAGAUUUUUUGGAAGCCAGAAAUGAAGAAAAGGCAGAAACGUAUGUGCAAUAGAACAAGUUGACCCCCUGUUACCUGAGAAUCCAAAGCCCCCCCCCCCUCCCCCCCACAUGCUUUCUGUGGAUGCCUGGCUGUCAGCACUGUAACUGAUAGGAGGGACUGACUCAGACCUCUGUUAACCGCAGGUCUCUAUAGGUACAUACGAGGAGUUGGGGAAGACAACAAACGGCACAAACAAAUUCAAGUCAUGUUGGAAACAAAUAUCAGUAUUUACGAUUUGCUUACUACUGAGCUGGCACAAAAGGCAUUCUUUACUUUAACCUGGUUAAAUCUUAUUUUGACGGUUAAACGAGAGGUUUUGAAAGCAAAUAAUUUAGAGAGUCGACAUCUGCCUCUUUAAAAGCAAAGAAAUAUUGUCAUCAACUAAAAGGUAUGAAGUAUUCUUUACUGUAAGCCAAACUUAGCUCAUAUUUUUGCAGGUUUUAACAGAUUUAAUGCCAACAAAAGACAUUUUCUUUGCCUUUUAGAACAGGAUAUCACUAUCGGCUCCUUACGCACACAUUUCAGCUACAGUUCCCUUCAUUAUACUUUAUACAUUUCGGUAAAUGACAAGUAUUUCUUAGGGCUUUCGAGGCUCAGACACAUUGUUUACUGUUAACAAAACUUAACUUUACAGGACGUUUUGAAUGCCAAAGACAUUUUACUAGCUUUUUAGAAACAGAUAUCAGCAGCAGUAAGUUCUCUUCCCACAGGCUGUGAAUAUGUCAGUAAAUUAUAUCAACAAACCUGCACUAAGAAAACUAGAAGGAUUAUUUUCUGCGACCCAAACUUAACUAGAGUCCAGCAGUUUUGUAGAGGGGAUUCUGAAUGUUGUUAUAAGGGUUAUAAUUUCAGACUAAAACGAGGUAUUUGCUGAUAUUUGUUGCCUUUUUUAAAUUCAAUCCUGCUGGAUUUUGGAGGCGGUAUUCUCUCCCGUGUCUCAAGCUGUGCUAACAUGGUUGUGACACUAACGCGCUCUGAUGAAACCAUGACUAUGUGGGUUAGCGGUUUACCUAAGGGCAAAAAAAGGCUGCAAAAAAUGACUUUUAAAUGCAGAAAGUGGCUUAAAAAUUCACAACAAACAAAAUCCUGAUUGUUUAUCUGCGCUUUAUCUUCAAGUCGAUCCCUAACGUGUGUAUCUAUGGUUGACUGUAUUCCUGUUUACCUUGUUGCUGAUGGCAGGCUCUACAUUGGACUGUGGAAACGGCGUGUUUUGAUCCGUCUAUCUCUACAUAUCUCACCUUUAAACCCUACGGCCCGGAGCCAGCUUCUGUUGACGUCGCAACAAAUGGGUUAAAGGGUUAUUUUCCUUUAAAGGACAAACCACAGAGGGGAAGUCGCGGCGAGAAAAAAGCUCCAGUUAUCAGUAACUCCACAACUUAGACCUGGGUCUAUGCACAGACUGUGUGAGUGUUUGUUUGGAAGUACUGUUAAAAGUGUGUGUGUGUGUGUGUGUGUGAGAGAGAGAGAGAGGUUCAAAUGUUAAACUGUACGCCAGUCUAUGUAAAAAAAUAUAUAGUUUUGCAAGACUGUUCACAUGUUUGGUAUGUUAAUUUAUAUGUACUUUUUAUUUCGGGCUUGUCUUGAGGUUCUCGUGAGGGGGAAGUUGUUGUGAAAAAGUUUUUAAGCUGUUAUUAAAAAAAAGCAGAGUUAUGGAUGAAAUUUGAGGCCGUAGACACAAACACACAGCUGUAAAAAUGUCCUCAUUUCAUCCAUUUAGUUAAGGGAAUUUUAAGAGGACAAAAAGGUUUAUUUAGCUAAAGAAUAAAAGAAUAUAUACGAAUGAAAUUCUAUGUUUGCAUACUUUCUAUGCUAUUUUCAUAUAUGGGGUUCACACUAAUGAGGAAAAACGGAAAGGAAUCUCAAGUGCUUUUUACUACAGUGUAACUUAUUUGUUUCGAUUUGAUUUUUACCACCUGUGUUUUUAGUAAUGAUUUACAAAGCACUGUAUAUUAAAGUUUUAAAAUAUUCA